AUGUUGGCCCCGGGCGGCCGCCCUGAGCCAAGGACCUGGCUCGCUCUGUGGAGGCAGAUCUCCUGGCUCGCCUGCUGGAUCGCCCUGUGUGCGGCGGAGGCCGUCCCCGCCUGCCCCUUCCCCUGCACGUGUGAUGGCCGUGGCCUGCAGGUGGACUGCAGCGGCCUGGGCCUGACUGCGCUGCCCCCGGGCCUGCCGGCCGCCACGCGCAGCCUCCUGCUCCUCAACAACAGGCUGAGCUCCCUGCCCGGCGGGGCCUUCGCCAACCUGUCGGGCCUGCAGCGGCUGGACCUCUCCAACAACUUCCUGGACCGGCUGCCGCGUGCGGCCUUCGGGGACCUGGGCAACCUGACGGAGCUGCAGCUCCGUAACAACAGCCUCCGGGCCCUGGACACCGCACUGCUGCGGCCCCUGCCACGCCUGCGCCACCUGGACCUGUCCCUCAACGGGCUGGCCCGGCUCCCGCCCGGCCUCUUCGACGGGCUGCCUGCCCUCCGCUCCCUGUCGCUGCGCGCCAACCGCCUGCAGAGCCUGGACCGCCGGACCUUCGAGCCCCUGGUCGGCCUGCAGCUGCUGCAGGUGUCAGACAACCCCUGGGAGUGCGACUGCCACCUGCGGGACUUCAAGCGCUGGCUCGAGUGGUUCUCCUACCGAGGGGGGCGCCUGGACCAGUUGGCCUGCACCCUGCCCAAGGAGCUGAGGGGGAAAGACAUGCGCAUGGUCCCCAUGGAGAUGUUCAACUACUGCUCCCAGCUGGAGGAUCAGAAUAGCUCAGCCGGGCAGGAGGUCCCUGGGCCGCCCUGCACCAAGGCCAGCCCGGAGCCUGCCAAGCCCAAGCCGGGCCCCGAGCCCGAGCCCGAGCCCAGCACCGCCUGCCCCCAGAAGCAGAGGCCGCGGCCUGUGAGCGUGCGGCGGGCCAUCGGCACAGUGAUCAUUGCGGGCGUGGUCUGUGGCGUGGUCUGCAUCAUGAUGGUGGUGGCCGCCGCCUACGGCUGCAUAUACGCCUCCCUCAUGGCCAAGUACCACCGCGAGCUCAAGAAGCGCCAGCCUCUCAUGGGUGACCCGGAGGGUGAGCACGAGGACCAGAAGCAGAUCUCCUCCGUGGCCUGA